AAAAUAUAUUGGGGAAAUAGUUUAUUCGUGUAUCUCAGUAUAAAUUUCUUUACUCCACGUGGAAACAUCUUCGCGGUGACUUAAAGUCGGUUGGAUUAUGAAAAUUGUUGCGGUUUUACUCUUACUGCUUGUGCAGGCCAGCAGCGGCAAACCAUCCCGUAAGUAUCAAUCCUAUGGCGGACGAAACCCAUAUUAUAGGCCACCAAACUAUUUCCCGCCAUUUCCUACCAAUUUCCCGCCAUUUCCUACCACCACCCAGUCAACGACAUCGCAGCCGAUGACCACCCCAAACAUUAUGAUGGUUAGUGAAGAAGAUGACAAGAAGGCGUCAGAGUUUGGCAUAAAAAUUCCACCGCAUGAAUGCAUCAUUUCAUGGGAUCAGUUUAAAGAAAACGUACCUGGUAAGCAAUAUGCCGAGAUCUAUGACAUCGAUUUUGAUGACAACCGUUUUCCAGGCGGCAUUAAAAAGGCACAGUUACAGUUCAGUAUCGUCAAUGAUUCUUCAAUUAGAAGAGAAGCAAGCCUCCGGGUCGAAGCUCUCGACAUGUGUUUGUAUAUUUUCGGCAUAGAGGAGCGUGUAGAUCCCAACAAGGCCAUAUUCGAGCCACUAUCUGGUAAUGCUCUCGUGUUUCCUGGUAGAAGAGAUUUUGUUGUUAGUUCCGAUCCGAGCAGAUACAUUUUCUACUUCUUCUGCUACGAAUAUGAUACCCGCAAGGAAGACAGAUGUCCGUCAGGGAUAGUAAUCCUACUAUUGAAGGAUGAUAGAGAAUGGCCUAAAGGUGGUGAUGGAAUUCCAGACCGACAAAUCCGGCUCAAUGACGUCCCGUGGGGAGAUAUAGAGAAAACAAUGAAAAAGUGCUUCCUCCAGCAGUUUGUCGAUGACACGAAUCCACAGGCAAAUUAUGUUUGGAAGGGCGAAGAUUGUGCAGUUCCUGGGUCAGAUGUCUAUAAAAAUGGGAUAAUGCAAACUUAAAGGAUACAGUCGUCAUUUGGCGCCAUACAGCAUGUUCCAUGCAGAAAACAAAACACGUAUUACAGAGCUUCUAUUUUUCUUCAUAUUCAUGGCAGAAACGAAAUACUAAGAAUGACAAAGAAAAACAGUUGAACUAUAAUCUAGUAGUAAAAUUUAUGUAGACAAAUAACUUUCCCUUUAAACUUGUCUUCCUUGUUUUUCUUUCCCUACCACCACCCAACACCCAAAACCCUUUAUCUUCCCCAUCCUAUUUUCUGUCAUCUUGCUUAUAACUAAAAUUUACUUGUUGGUGGACUUGUUGAUGGACUUUUGAAAGAACCCAUCUGCUAUAUUUCCCACUAUAGUUUCUAUUUACAGUGUGCCUGCUUUGUUAUGUAUGGCGUUGGAAGUGCUUGUUAACAGCUCUGGAAGGGAAUCUGCCCCUACAUUUGAAUUUUUAAAAGUAUACACAUAUAAUAUUUCCAAGAUAAAUGCAGUAAAGUGUAUGCUUACCCGGACUAAUAGAUGCACUUCAUUUGA